AUGGAACCUAUGGUAGCAAUGGAUACUCCCAUAACCAUAAUACGAAACUCGCCUAAGGCGUUAGGAUGUGCGCACUUAUCUCAUUUGCCUCAAAGACCUCCCAUAAAUCUCGGUUUUCAAGAUUUGUCCUACACAGUCUCUAAUGGAAAAGCUUCAAAACUUAUAUUAAGAGGAAUCAAUGGGGAGUUUAAGUCUGGACAGCUGACGGCGAUCCUUGGCCCUUCCGGUGCUGGCAAGAGCACGUUGCUUAACAUACUAGCAGGAUAUAGGGUGAACGGCGCGUCGGGCCUCAUAACCACGAAUGGCGAAUCGAGAGACUUAAAAUUAUUCAGAAAAUUAUCCAGAUAUAUCAUGCAAGAUGAUUUGCUGCAGCCUCUCAUUACAGUGCAGGAAGCUAUGACGAUAGCCGCUGACUUGAAACUUGGAAAUGACAUGAACAAGGAGACUAAGACUAUAAUAGUAGAAGAAAUAAUUCAUUUGUUAAGAUUAAGCAAGGCGAGGAACACAUCGAGCGAGCGAUUAUCUGGCGGUGAACGGAAGCGAUUAUCUAUCGCUCUAGAGUUGCUCAACAAUCCACCGGUUAUCUUCCUCGAUGAACCAACAACUGGUCUAGAUGACGUAGCAUCAUCAACAUGCGUGUCGCUUCUAAAACGAGUAGCCCGAGGUGGUCGAACAGUCAUUUGUUCCUUACACACCCCAUCUGCAAGAAUAUUCUCAGUAUUUGACCAUGUAUACGUAGUCGCUGAUGGUAAAUGCGCGUAUCAAGGAACUUCGGCCGGAGUUAUACCAUUUUUGAAGGAGCUACACUUACCUUGUCCGAAGACGUACAAUCCAGCUGAUUUCAUUAUAGAAGUAUCAAGUGGAGAAUAUGGCUUUCAUACAGAUAAAAUGGUGACUGCAAUUGAUAAUGGCAGAAGUCAGAGGUGGAGGAACUAUUCAAUAGAAGAUAACAACGAGGACGUAGAACUUGAAGAGUUAAACACAGGAGUGAUAGAGAGACACAAUUACAAGUACGAGAGUACACCAUGUCAACAGUUCAAUGUACUUUUACGACGGAUGUUCCUGCAGACAAUUAGGAAUAAAGGCUAUCUCUGGUUGCGAGUUGGACUCCACGUAUUUCUGGGCGUGGUCGUUGGUGCAUUAUUUAAUCAAAUGGGUUACGAUGCGUCCAAGGCUUUAUUCAACUUCGGAUUUUGCUAUGCCUCGAUCAUCGUUAUGUUGUAUACGACAAUGAUGCCUGUACUACUAGCAUAUCCAUCAGAGGUGUUGCUCGUCAAGCGAGAAUAUUUUAAUAGAUGGUAUGGCUUGAAGCCGUAUUAUGCAGCCUUAGUAGUCUCACGCAUUCCAGCUACUAUAUUCUUCUGCCUAAUUUACCUCGUUUUAGCCUAUCCUAUGACGUCACAGCCCAUGGAACUAUCCAGAGUGUCAAUGUUCGUCACGACCUGUAUUCUGGUGGCUUUAAUAUCAGAAUCAAUGGGGACGCUGAUAUCGUCGAUGUUGAGUGUAGUGAAUUCAAUGUUCGUUGGACCGGUGGCGGCAGUACCGCUGAUGCUGUUGGCGGUAUACGGUAUGGGUAGUGGGGACGAAGCUCCUCCGCUCAUCUGGCGGCUGGCUCGCUCCUGCUCCUUCAUGAGGUACGGCCUCGAGGGCCUCGUAAUAGCCAUUUACGGACCUCCAAGAGACGAUCUCAUAUGUCCUGAAGAUGUUGCGUAUUGUGAAUACAAAAACGUGAAGUACUUCGUGAAACUGAUGGGAAUGGCCGACGUAUCGAUUCCAAUUGUUUUUAGUAUGUUAGUAAUUAUGUUACUAGCUAUGAACCUUGGAGCAUACUACCUUUUGAGGCAGAGGUUAUCUCCAAACUACGCCUUCAGAGCUAUUAAGGUUAUAGGAAGAUUCAUUAAAUCUAGAAUGAGUGUCGCGGUGUAG